AUGGCUGAACAAGAUAGAAAAGCUCAACUAGAAGAAAUUCAGUCCAUUGAAGCUAUAUACAGUGAUUUAAUUUAUAUGGAAUCGCCAUCACAAUUAAGUUUGCGGUUUUCUGAGGAUGUGCAGUUGAACGUCAGUCUUCCCAAAUGUUAUCCAUCUAGGUCACCGCCAUAUUUUGAGCUGAGUGGUCCAUCACUGAAAGAAGCAGAGAAAUUGAAGAUCAUAAAUUCACUGAAUGAAAUAUAUGCUAAAAAUAUCGGUCAGCCGAUUUUAUAUGAAUGGAUUUCAUAUCUAAGUAAUUAUUUGGUUGAUUAUGAUCGUGAUUUUGAUGAAAAGUUAAAUAAAGAGGAUGAAGCUGCAUCUGUUAGCCCAACUGCUUCAUCGACAUCACAGUUACCUCUUCCAAAAAUAAUUAGUGGUGAUUCCUUCGUAGACCGGAAGAGUACGUUCCAGGCUCAUGUUGCACAAGUCUAUUCUAAAAAAGAAGUAGUUAUGGUACUGAAUAAAUUGAAAGAAAAUAAUAAAAUAGCUCGAGCAACUCAUAAUAUGUAUGCUUGGUUAACUGAAGAAAAUGUGAAGGGUCGCUUAAUUAAACAGCAUGAUUGCGAAGAUGAUGGUGAGACUGGUGCUGGGGCAAAACUGUUAAAUUUGCUAGAAUUAAUGAAAGCCAAAAACGUACUGGUAAUAAUUACACGCUGGUAUGGAGGUAUCCAUCUUGGACCAGAUCGGUUUCGGCAUAUAUGUAAUUUGGCACGUCAAAUUCUAGUGGACAAUGGCUUUUCGGGUCAUUCAUCAUAA